UCAGUAUAUAAUAUGGAUUGAAGCUGAUCACCUCUGCUCUCAGUCUCCCUCUCUCCGUCUUCUUCUUGCAUGUUUGUUGCCUCCACUCUCCAAUAAUGCAAACUUCAACUUCAUCAUUUCUCCGUCUCUCUAUCAUUUUCUUCAUAGCCCUCCUCUUCCUCAUCACCCUCUCAUGGCGCUUUCCGACUAAGUCCAAUCAAUUCCUUGACUGCUCUGGAGCUGGAUCGAAACCGAGCCUUCGAAGGUUGCAUGACAAGCGCUUGGAAUCAGAACGAGCAAAAACCCAACUAACCAAACCCGACCCCCUGAAGGAAACACCUCGCCACCCGCUGGACCCCUUGACUUACCAAGAAAUCCUAAGGGUUUCUUCGAUCCUCUCCACCUACUCUUACCCUGGCUUUCAUCCCUCCUUCCCCCCCAUCCACUCCCUCUCCCUCUAUGAGCCCGACAAGUCGUUCGUUCUCGGCUGGAAAAAGGGUCACCCGAUUCCGAGAAAGGCCUCUGUGAUCGCCCUCCACUCCGGCCAGGCCCACGAGCUGCUGGUGGACUUGGACUCCGACUGUGUCGAGGUCCAUUCGGUGAUUCAUUCCUCUGGAUAUCCGAUGCUGACCAUGGAGGAUAUUUUGGCUGUGACUCGUGUCCCGUUCACAAGUGCAGAGUUCAAAGAGUCGGUCACGGCCCGAGGACUGUCCCUGGCAGAUAUAAGUUGCAUCUCACCCUCCCCUGGGUGGUAUGGCCCCGACGAGGAGGGCAGGAGGAUAGUCAAGGUCCAGUGCGGGUCGAGUGAGGGAACUGCGAAUUUCUACAUGAGGCCCUUGGAGGGCUUGGUUGUGACAGUGGACGUGGACCGACAAGAGAUCGUGAAGAUCACCGACGAGGGGCGGGGUAUCCCCAUCCCUGGAGGUACCGGGACCGAUUACCGGUACUCAGCCCAGGACCGGCCUGUAGAGAUGGAUCCUGUGAACCCAAUCUCUAUGGAACAGCCCAAAGGCCCGAGCUUCAAGAUAGAGGACGGGCAUACGGUUCGAUGGGCCAAUUGGCGUUUUCACCUCAAGGCUGACCAGAGAGCUGGAAUCAUCAUAUCACAAGCCACAGUCCGAGACUCCGAGACCGGGGAGCCAAGGAGCGUGCUCUACAAGGGGUACCCCUCAGAGCUGUUCGUGCCAUACAUGGACCCGGACGACGGCUGGUACUACAAGACAUACAUGGAUGCUGGCGAGUACGGGAUCGGGGCUUUGACAUUCUCCCUUGUCCCACUCAAUGACUGCCCAAGGCACUCGUACUACAUGGACGGGGUCUUUGUGUCAUCGGACGGGAAGCCCUUCGUUCAGUCGAACAUCAUAUGUGUCUUCGAACGGUACGCUGGUGAUAUCAGUUGGCGGCAUUCCGAUAGUUCUGUUAAAGGUGUUGAGCUUAUCAGAGAGGCGAGGCCAAAGGUGACUCUGGUGGCUCGAACGGCAGCAUCCGUAGGAAAUUAUGACUACAUUUUUGAUUGGGAAUUUCAAACUGAUGGUCUGAUCCGUGUUGAGGUUAGUUUGUCCGGGAUGCUUAUGGUAAAGGGAACUCCUCUUACGAAUACGAAGGACGUGCAACAAGAGGAUGCCAUGACAGGCCCUCUAGUGUCGGAGAACGUCAUUGGCGUGGUCCAUGAUCACUUCAUCAACUACUACCUCGACAUGGACAUCGAUGACCUGAACAAUUCAUUUGUUAAGGUACAUCUAGAGAAGCAAGAAACAGAGCCAGGCACUACCCCUCGGAAGAGUUAUCUGAAAGCUAAAAGAUACGUUGCCAAGACGGAGAACGAUGCGAAGAUUAAGCUCAAGCUCUACGACCCAUCGGAGUUUCACGUUGUCAAUCCUUCAAGGAAAUCAAGGUUAGGGAACCCAACAGGGUACAAGGUUGUCCCUGGCGGGACCGCCGCUAGCUUGCUCGAUCUCCAGGAUCCUCCUCAAAUUCGAGGUGCUUUCACAAAUAAUCAGAUUUGGGUCACUCCCUAUAACCGAACAGAACAAUGGGCCGGUGGGCUUCUAGUGUACCAAAGCAGAGGAGAUGAUACCCUGGCGGUUUGGUCCAACAGGGACCGUCCAAUCGAGAAUAAGGACAUCGUGCUGUGGUACACAUUGGGGUUUCAUCAUAUACCCUGCCAAGAGGACUUCCCAAUAAUGCCGACGGUGUCGUCGAGCUUCGAUCUGAAGCCCGUUAAUUUCUUUGAGCGUAACCCAAUUCUUAGGGCUGCCCCCAACUUCGAUAAGGACCUUCCGUUUUGCACCCUCUCCAACCUCCCAUAAUUAUCUCUUUUAUCGCAUAAUGAUCGACUUGGAUUAUUGAACUCAUCGAAUUGUACUCGAUCAUUUAGAGUGGUAAAAUAAUGCCUCGAACUAAGAAUUUGCAUAUUCGAUUCUCAUAUUGAGGCCAUAUGUACCUCUUUAUUAAUUAUUAAAAGUUUUAUUACAUUGUACUA